AUGGAUACUCAACUACUCCCUGCUUCUGAUGGAAACCAGAACAGGACAGGGCAAAUUCUUGGGGCGUGCCUUGGGUUUUUGGUCAUGUCUUGUAUUUUUGUAACACUCCGAUUGUACACCCGACUCUUCCUUAUCAAGUCCGCUCGUUGGGAUGACUGGACCAUAGUCCUUGCUUUACUUGGCAGCAUCGUUGGUGUCGGACUUGACUUUCCAGAAAUCCAUUAUGGAUUUGGACGGCACCAGUACUAUCUCAACGACCAUCAGGUUCAAGAAUUCAAGAAGUACAUUUAUGGAGAAUGGAUCCAGACUUUCUUCACUCUGAUGAUCACCAAGGUGUCGAUCUGUUUACUGUUAUUGCGCAUCUCCCCCAACAAGCGCAUCGAAAGGCCCAUCCAAGGUCUCGUGGCGUUCUUGGUCCUCUCGAACAUUGUGCUGUCUCUCGUCUGGAUCUUGCAAUGCAUUCCUGUGGACGGCGCCUGGGAUGCCAAAAGGCAGAAGACGGCCAGAUGCUUUACACAAGGUCAAGUCCAAAGAGUCCUCAUCUCUCAAGCUAUCAUAUCGAUCAUCUCGGACUUCAUCCUCGCAGGGUUCCCAAUUAUCAUUAUACGCAACGCUCGGAUCCACUUUCGGCAGAAGAUUCUUCUAUGCAGCCUUAUGGGUGUUGGACUAUUGACUGCAGCAUGUUGUAUUGUCCGCACGGUCAUCAAUUGGCAAAACGACCACAUUGAUCCAACUUGGGUCAGUGUCGACAAUUUCCUUUGGCGAGACGCCGAAGUCAACAUCGGCAUUGCCGCCGCCUGCUUACCCACCUUGCUGCCUCUCUACCGCCUCCUCCGCGACAAAAUUAUCGCCACCCGCGAGGGUUCCACGUCGACGACAGGCCGAUUCACACACUUUUUCUCCUCCGGUCGAGGCCGUAAACCGAAUGCCUCUUCGCAGGAAGACUUAUGGAGGUCACGAAAGGAGUAUGGACUCCCUAUUCCUCCGAACGCUGAGUGGGCAAGUUCUACGUCCCAAACUCUUGUCAGUUUUGGAAGGAUGGGGGACGAGGAUGUGGAAAUGCAGACACCGGCCGUGGCGUUACACUAG